AUGUCGCGCUCUCGUUUCUCCCGCCGGCGAAUGCUGUUAUCCAUAAAUUCAGUGGCCCUUUCUGACGGGAAUCAAUAUAUAAGUGAUCCCUCAACUUACAAGCCUAUGAUAAUGGAAAAGCCUCGUACGGCAAAAGCAUACUCCGUGACAGGAAGCUGCAAAUCCAGCAAAUCAAUACCAUCAAUACAAUCUCCCACUACCGCCAACAACAUAGGGUUUCCUGAUGACGUUAUACCCCCUGAUACAUCUGGAAUGGAGUCAGAGUAUGACUCCAUUUCGCAAAAGGUCGGCGUUCAAUUUACCCCUUCCCCAACAUUUCCUGAGCCCUAUUAUUCCAGAAGCCAACAUUCCCGGAAGGCUUCAGGAGGCUCACUGAAGAGUUACGAAGAUGAUGUACAAGACGGAGGGCGAAGCGGAAGCACAUUUCAGGGAUCUUCUGGUAUGAAUGAUUAUAUACUUGAUGAUAUCGACAAGCAGGAUGAACCCACUUAG